GAGUAUACUGUCGGACGCGAUAGAAAAUAAUUCGCAAACCGGACUCACUUUUAUUUAUUUGUGGGCAUUUCCUAAGCGAGGUUUUCGCCGGCAGAGAAAAGUAGUAGUGGUCAGCGCGAAAAAUGAUGAAAAUGUGAUAAAUGGCUUUAAGCGACAACUAUUAGUAUUUUAUAUUAAAUCGAACCGUUGAGAAGUGCGAAAUUUUAUUGUUGCUAUUUGGCGAAUAUUUUUGAAUUUUUUGUUGUGUAGAUUUAUUGCAUUCGAAUGACUUUGGACUAUUUAUAGAAGCCGCAAAAAAAGCCAAUCCUUAACUAACUCUCAUGGAUAAACCUCUAGUGAGACACCGGUAAAUGAAGAGGAUAUCCCCUACGAGGUGCCCCGGUUAUAGCGGCCACCUCCUGGUGGCAACAUUACUUUUUCUAUGUAAUUUAACAUCAGUUACCUGCAUGGAAGUGCGUGAUUUUUAUUCUGUUAAUGUCCUUAGUGAUGGCGAAAUAGAAACUAGAAUUUUUUAUAAAGGAGUCUCUGCAAAGGAAACUAGUACUGGAAUAAGGGCUUCAAACCAAAUAUCGUUCAGACAAGUCAGCAAUGGAAAGAGCCUCAUAGAACUAAUUUACGGCAACGAAAAUCAUACACUAAUAGACUGCGAGUUUGGACACCAAAAGCAUAGAGUAAAAUCAUUUUUAAGAACUUUUAAAAAGGAGUUAACGAAUUUAGUAAAUACUGCUAAUCUUACGUUAAGAGUUAUGGAUGGAAAACCGUUACCGAGUGAGUUUAAGUGGAUGAAUUAUAGUUUAUUGAGAGAAAAAUGCCAUCAGAGGCAUUUGGAAAUUAAAAAAGAAAUGCAGCAGCAGACGCGGAUCAGCGAAAGGCAAAGUGAUAGGGCAUUAUUUGACAGAUCAAAACGGGAUCUAUCUGACAUCUUCAGAGUACCGGGAACAAAAUGGUGUGGAAAAGGUUACUCAGCUGACAAGUACACGAGAUUAGGUGGUUUUUCCAAAACAGAUAAGUGCUGUAGAAAACAUGAUCUUUCAUGCCCAUUUUGGAUAGGAUCAUUUGAAACAAAAUAUGGCCUGGUCAACUGGAGGAUGAAUACCUUAAUGCACUGUAGCUGUGACGAAAGAUUUCGCGCUUGCCUAAAAAGAGUGGGAACAAGUGAUGCAAACCUGGUGGGAAAUCUAUUUUUCAACGUCGUCCAAACUAAGUGCUUCGUUUUAAAACCGAAAAAGAAAUGCGUCAGAGGCUCCUGGUGGGGAAAUUGCGAGAAACACAAAAUGAUCAAGCAGGCAGUUCUAAGAGACAAUAGAUCCUUUUAAACUAAUUCGUUUUAUUUAGUCAACAUAUUACUGGGUAGUAACUAAUUAAUUAAAAUAUCUACAUUGUAAUGCAUUUAUCAUGUCACAUAAAGCGAGUUGUCAAUUAUCAAUUUUAUGUCAAAACUAUCAAUUAUUAAUUGUUUGUUAAUUGUAUUUCACUAAUUGUCAAUGAAAUGCAUACGUUUUUACAUCUAAAUAACAUUUUUUUUAUUUUAAGGGAGAUAUUUCAAUGGGUGAUUCCUUGUAAAAACAUAUGAGAAAACGUUUUUAUAAACAUGGGUCCGGAAAUGCACAGUUUUCAAGAUACAGGGUGAUAAAUUUUUUUUUAAUUUUUUAUUAAUAUUAAAAAAUAUAUAUACUCAAUUCUUUUGAAAUUUGGCAGUAUUACUUGUUGUAUUAAGAGGCUAAUUUAGCACUAAUUAGAUUAAAAUUAUAAGGUCUAGUGGCGUCCCGGGGAACAUCUUAGCAAAUAUUAUUUGCAAAAAAAUGUACGCCACUGCCUUUUUUCAACUUUAAUAUUAAUCGUUUGAUUAAGCAUUUAAAAAUAAAACUUUUUUUCCUUUUGUAUUUUUUCGUAUCACACUUCGUUUUCGACAAAAAAAAUAAAUACCGUUUUAUUGCAUGCCACUGGGCAAAAUGGUUUAUUAAUUUUUGGAAAAAAAAUAGCAGGUGCCUUGGAAAACAAAAAAUCAAAAACAUUUCUAGGAGCUUUUUAUUGCAACAACAACUACAACCAAUGUUGGAAAUAUCCACCAUCAAUUUCUGUACACCUUCUCAUUCGACGAAUCAUUAAACGAUGCACUCGAGCUAAAAUUCGAGGUCUAUUUCUCACUUCUUCGCAAGCAUUUACAAUUUUAUUUGUUCUCUUCUAUUGUUUAUAUGGGACUAGCAUAAACCAGACUUUUAAGGUGUCCCCAUAAAUAAAAAUCUAUUGGAUUUAAGUCAGGGGAGCGAGGUGGCCAUUGAAUUGGUCCACAUCUUCUAACCCAAUUUUCCCCAAAGAUGUUAUUGAGAUGAGUUCUAACCGCUAUACUAAAAUGAAGAAGAGCUUCAUCGGGCAUAAAAGUUAUUUGAUUACGUACAUUUAGAAGAACUCUUUCCAACAGUACGGGCAAUUCUUGUUGAAGAAAUUCUAAGUAAGAUUCGCCCUUUAAGAGUGCGGUCCACCACGUGAUAAAAUCGGUUUCGAAGCGCGACAGUAGUUUCGUGGCAGGUGCAGCUUUCGCUGAAAGUAGCAACAGUAGCUGCAUUAAUUACCCACUCCACCGUUCCCUUCUCACUGAUAUAUCGAAUCUCGAUUACCGGGGACGCAAGUCAACUGGUCUUACUUCUUGUUAGGUUCAUUAACUACUUUUCAUGUUAUAAAGUUUUACAUACAUAUACAGGGUGUCAUUGAAAUGGUGUAAAAAAAUUCGGGGGGUGAUAGUACUCCUAAAAAUUUUAAAAAAAGUUCCUAUAACUAUAGGGUGGAAAAUGCAUAUUAAGGGAGUUAGGGGCACUGAAAGGGUAAAUUUAAAAAACGGUUUUUUGAAAUUGUAGGCUGUAGGCUUAAAAAAC